CUUUGAUUGAGAGUCUAGGAGAAAUUGGGAUAGAUAAAAACAUCCAAGUGAUUGUGGUUCACCUAAAUGUUUUGUUUUUCUUCCUACUCAUUAGCUGAAAAAGCCAUAAGAAAUGCUAUGGUACCUCAAGACACGACACAGGCAGAAGCUGCGAACAAGUCUCUAGUGAAAGUGGAGGCUAGAGGGAAUGAGGUUUUAGCAUUCGUGAAAGCCAGAACACAUAGAAAACUCCAGAGGAAAAUUUUCCCUGACGCAGCUCUUUUCCGAAAGUGGGGAGAUGAUCUGACCAAGGCUCAGCAGAUCCAGGCCUUCAUCCUUUUCUCCCUGUAUGGUUACAAUGUUUACCUCAGUGACCACCUGCCUUUGAAUCGGUCAAUUCCAGACACUCGUCCUCUCAGGUGUCUGAAAAAGAAGUAUCCUCCACAACUUCCAACCCUCAGUGUUGUUGUCACAUUUAUGAAUGAAGCUCUAUCCAUUUUACAACGGGCCAUUACCAGUAUCAUUCAUAGAACCCCUUCUCACCUGCUGAAAGAGCUCAUCCUAGUGGAUGAUUUUAGCUUAAAUGGGGACCUAAAGGCAGAUCUAGACAGACAGAUCCAACUCUACAACCUCAAGUACCCUGGGCUGCUGACACUAAUCCGCCACACUGAGAGGAAAGGGGUAGCCUCUGCUCGCCUCUCUGGGAGUCAAGCUGCCACAGCAGAUGUAGUGGUUUUCUUGGAUGCUCAUACUGAAGUGAAUAUUGAGUGGGCAGAACCCAUCUUAGCUCGGAUCCAGAAAGACCACACUGUGAUUGUGUCACCCAUUAUUGACAACAUUCUUUUUGACACCUUGGAAGUGGAUGAGUAUCCAUUGAUGUCCAUUGGGUUUAACUGGAGACUGUAUGGCCGUUAUGACUAUCCAUCAAUCAACCUGAAAGAUGACACUGCACCAAUAAAGAGUCCUGCCAUCAUGGGUAUCUUUGCUGCAAACAGAUUGUUCUUGGAGAAGAUUGGGUUCCUGGAUACUGGGAUGCUGUUCUAUGGAGGAGAAAAUGUAGAAAUGAGCCUAAGGGUAUGGCAGUGUGGAGGGAAAAUUGAGAUCUUACCAUGUUCUCGGAUUGCUCACCUUCAACGAGCCCACAAACCCUAUUCCCUGAUGAUUUCACCCCUCAUGAAACGCAAUGCUCUUCGUGUGGCUGAAAUCUGGAUGGACAAGUACAAGUACAUGGUCUAUUUAGCUUGGAAUCUGCCACUGGAGAAUCAUGGAAUAGAUUUUGGAGAUGUGUCUUCCAGGAUAGAACUCCACAAGAAACUGAAGUGUAAAAGUUUUGGCUGGUACCUCACAAAUGUUUAUCCAAAUCUGAUACCACUUGAGAACAUUGUUGGCUAUGGAGCUAUGAAGAAUUCUGUGAAUGAAAUGAUCUGCAUGGACCAGGGAGACAUCAAAGGAAACACCCCAGUCAUGUAUAAUUGCAAUGGGUUGAGAAAACAGUUUGUAUACUACCACUUGACUGGAGAACUGUAUGUUGGACAACUAUAUGCAGAAAUGUAUUCAAAUGAUCAAUGCCUGGCAGACCCUGGAAAAGGAUGGAAGCCAAAAUUAGUGUCAUGCAAUGAAGCAACAGUGAAAAGGCUGUACAUUUAUUGGGAUUUUAAGCAGGGAGCAUCGAUCACCAACAGGGACACUAAUCGGUGCUUAGAGGUCAGUAAGCUUUCCUCGGGUUCCCAUAUCCUCAUCCUCCAGAAAUGCACUGGACAAAGAUGGACUAUCCAACAUACCAUCAGAAAGUGGGGGAUCUCAAGUGCUCUCAGUAAGAAUGAAACUGGCAGGUGACAACAUGAGGGACUCUGGCUCUGAGGAUACAUAUUCCUGCAGAAGACUGAAGACUUUCUGCUUUCAAAUGUAUUUUGAGUGGAAUACCAUCCUAUAUAUGAGAAUAAAAGUGUUGGCACCAGCAUAAUGGAAAAUAGUGGUAGAUGGGAUAUGUAUAUGGAAGGAGUGCAGCUUGGGAUGGAAUUACAGAAAGAGAGUGGGGAGGGAGUGGGAGAAGAUGCAGUUUAUACUUUCUACUCACAUCAGUCCAAAGAACACCAUUCCAGUCCAUUCCAGAUAGUGUUAGAAAUUUGUUGAAAUAUAACAUCCUGUGAGAUUACUGCAUUAGGCCCUCCUCUUAUACCCUUUCCGGGAGAGCUGACUCUGGGCUAGUACAAAU